AAUUUACAGUACACCAACAGCAACAGAGCCAUAUUAAAAUUCAGUGAUUCAGAAGCUAGUUACCAUUUCCAUAAUUUGUGAUCAUUGUUGCCAUGGACCUGAUUUGUCAAUCCCAAACCAAGGCCCUUAGCGAAAACAUUGCGUUUGGAAGAGCCUAUAAAGGUGUGGUGCAGGGAGCUCUUUUCCAGUACUGAACCUGAAGACUCAUCAAGAAGAUCUGAUAUUUGGUCAUGCUUGAAGAAUGCAGGUUCUUUUCUUUUUAACUCGUUCAUAAAAUAAUGAAAAACAAUGUUACAGCAAACUGGUGGAAUGAUCGUGAAGAAAUCUGUCCGAAAAUUAAGAAAAUAUCGUGCUGCGUUUUAAGGAAAUGCUCAGUUUGGAUAGAUUGUGAUGUGUGCGUGCAUGUGUUUGUUAUUCUGCCGCUGGUUGUGCAACUUCUUCCGGCAGACACCAGAGAGUCAGCAUGGCUGAAAACAGCACAGCACAGAACGGCAGUUUAAGCAGCGGUGCCACGUUAUCACAAAUGAGUGAGAAGCUGCUGAUAUUGCAUGUGUUGGUGGGGAUCUUCCUCUACGUGAACUGCCUCAUGAUCUUCACCUUUUUCAAGAAGGAGGCCUUCCGUAACGAUGUGCGCUACAUCCUCUUCGUGCACACGCUCUUCUGCGACAGCUUGUUUCUAGUUCUGACGAACGUUCAGCUCGUCCUGAGCCGUACCAACGUCCCGAUACUUGUUGGGCUGUGUCUCUGCCUCAAUAUGGUCAUGAGCCUCCUCACGUUUUCUACACCGCUGACGCUCAUGGCCAUGAGCUUGGAGCGAUACGUGGCCAUCUGCAUGCCCCUGAGGCACGCAGAAAUCUCUACCGCGUCUAAAGCCGUACGCUGCAUCCCCGUCAUCCAUGCGCUCAGCUCCAUACAGCUCAUCAUUUUCACCUCCAUCUUAAUCUCCAUCGUUCCAUCAAGUUUUUACAUGGAAAAAAGAUUGUGCAAUGUGGAGAUUUUCACCGUGCACAAAUGGCAGGGUUACAUCAGGUCAGCCAUUUUGCAGCUCUACUUCGUGGUCAUGUCCAGCGUCAUUGUCUUCACGUACGUAAAAAUCAUGAGGGCUGCCAAACUCGCUUCGACGGACAAGAAGAAGUCCGCCUCCAAGGGUCUUAGGACAGUUGCCCUUCAUGCAAUCCAGCUGAUGCUUUGUUUGAUUCAGCUGUGGUGCCCAUUCAUAGAGAUGGUAAUACUGGAGAUCGAUUUGCAACUUUUCAUGAAUGUGAGAUAUUUUAACUAUAUUGUUUUCAUUCUUGUCCCACGAUGUCUCAGUCCACUUGUGUAUGGUUUAAGGGAUGAUAAGUUUUUCUUGGUUUUGAAAUAUUAUGCCCUUUGUGGGAUGUGCAAGAAAAUAUCUCCAGUUAUAAUUCUCUCCAAGAAAAGGACAAAUAUUGUAUUCAUAAAAACAUAAUUCAAUAAAUGUAUAAUUUAAUGACACAAGUCAAUAACUUUAAACUGCUGCUGAAUGUAUUUCCAAAAACAUACUGUUAUAAAUUCAAUUAAAAAAUAAAAAAAAAAGUUUUUUUUUCAAUGACACACUGUAUUAAAAUUUGUUCAUUUUAAUAAAGGAGUCAGCACUCCAUUUGCUUUUUAAAUUUGUGUUCAGUGCAUGCAAAUGUUCUUGUUCAUUGUCUGCAAACAUUUGUGUAUAUUUGUUGAUAAAUAAAUAAUACAUAAUACAAUUGGUUGCUUGCUCUGCUUUGCCUCAAAGCACCGACACAUUGGCAUUGAUUCAAACAUAUCUUCUGGUGUUUUUCAGAUGUGCUUAUUUACUUCAGUGACUGAGAAAGAUUAAUUAGAAGAAAGAGACAGGUGCAGACAUUAUAUUAGUUACUACAUUACUGCCUACCACCAAAACUGUUGCCCUGUAAUUCCAUUUCACUGAGAAA